GAAAAGGGUGUGAAUCAUUUCAGUAUUUGCAUCACAAUGCCACCACGGAAAGCACCUCGUUCCAAUCCACAGCCCCGUCCCACACCUGUACCUCCACCCUCCAAACUCCGACCCAUCCUCCUCCUCCUUACAGGCGGAUUCCUCGCCUACCUCACAAGUCAUCUUCUUGCCCAUUUUAACGUGUUUCCAGUCCCGAUCGCACUCCACGACUCUAUUCAGAAAGAACCGUUGCGGAUCGUUGCUGUGGGGGAUCUACAUGGAGAUUAUGCCAAUGCUUUGGCGGUUUUGCGAAUGGCGGGGAUCGCGAACCGGAAAGGGGAAUGGGUUGCUGGACGGACGGUUUUUGUUCAAACGGGAGAUAUAGUCGACAGAGGACCCGAUACUAUCCGAUUAUACAAGCUCAUGCAGAAUCUAUCUGAACAAGCUGUCACAGCUGGUGGAAAGGUCAUUCCCCUUUUAGGCAAUCACGAAGUUAUGAACAUGAUGGAAGACUAUCGAUAUGUUACACCAGAAGAUAUAGAGAGUUUUGGUGGGUUGGAACAACGAAAGCGGGAUUGGGGACGGGAGGGAUGGCUGGGAAAGUAUUUGCGAACAUGGGAUAUUGUAGCCAAUGUGAAUGGGACCAUUUUCCUUCACGGCGGCCUACACCCCAAGUGGGCCCACUACGGUAUUCCCACCCUCAACACCGAAUCACAAACAUACCUCCAAACCCUGCCCCCUUCCAAACUCUACCAUGUCCCACUAUUUGGAGGCGAUGGUCCCCUCUGGUACCGCGGUUACGCUCAAGACGACGAGCGCGUUGUCUGCAAAACGCUCGAGAAUGCCCUCAACGCCCUCAAGGCUCAUCGCAUGGUCAUUGGCCACACACCCCAACUCCGCGGAGAAAUCCUGUCUCGAUGUAAGAACCAAGUCCUUGUGAUUGAUGUCGGUAUAUCGAGCGUGUAUGGCGGAAAUCGGGCUGCCUUGGAAAUUGUGGGGGAUCGCCUUGUUGGGGUUUACGAAGGGAGACGGGAGGUGAUUGCUGAGUGAAGUUGAUUUGUUGUUGGGUGGGUGCUGGAACAUUUGGCUGGACCUUUUUCUAGCAGAUCUCGCUCCGCUCCGAUCGAUCUAAGUUCUUGUCGGUGUGAGACAGGGAUGGUCAACAAUCCCGCCUUUUGAAUCAUUUUAUUUACCAAACCUUUACGCCUUUUCAAAAUCUCAUUUAUAAUAUAUCUGUCCCC